AUGAGCUCAGGUGGUGCAUUUGGUGGAAACAGGGGUCUCCGUCCCGUGCCUCCGGAAAAGGGAGUUUUCCCAUUGGAUCACAUGCAUUUGUGUGACCUGGACAAGAAAGAAUAUCUCAAUUGUUUAAAGACUGCUGGAAGUAAGUCUGAAGUAUGCAGGGAAUUCUCAAAAAAAUAUUUGCAAUGUCGCAUGGAAAAGAACUUGAUGGCAAAGCAAAAUUUGGCAGAACUUGGUUUUAAGGAAAGUAAUGCAGAAACUCCUGGAGGGAAAAUUACCAAGAGGAUUGGGGAUCAAGGUCAAUGA